CCUCCCCGGCGCGCGCAUACGAAGUGGAAAACAUAUCCGAUGGGCAUGAUCAAUGUCCCCAUUCGAGCUGAAAACACCAAGAAGAUUCAUUGACCGACCGAUCAGAGCAUACGGUGCAGCUGCUUUGGCCCCUCACCACACAUCAAAUACCACAGGUUCACUCCAGGAUGGAUGAACACGAGGAGGGGUACCCACGACUCUCGUUUGUGGAGCUGAUGGCCCUGAAACCCUUAGGGACCAGAGAAGCCAAAGUCAAUCCCGAUGAACCAGAAAAAAUCGAGCGGUUUGAGUCUCUUGCAGCCCCUUAUCGGCCCGGUCUAGGUACGCGCUCAUUUGGAGGCCAUGUGUACGCCCAAACAGCCUACGCGGCGUCAAAGACUGUUCCUAAAGGGAUGGUGAUACAUUCCAUGACCGGCACAUUCAUCCUCCCAGGCCGCUAUGAUGUGCCAUACAUCUACACCGUCCGCCAUCUCCGCGACGGAGCCGUCUACUGCACAAGGGCCGUAGACGCCCGGCAAGACGGCCAGAUCUGUUUCUCGGGCAUAUGCUCCUUCAAGCGUGAUGAGAAGAAGGACGACUUCAACCACCAGGCGCCUUCCGCGCAGGAGCGAUAUCGCUCUAUCCUCGCCGGCAAACGGCCAGAGGAUCAUCCCGUCAGCCCUAGUGUCGAUGCUGACUGGUGGAUUGAUCAAGUGGCGCAGGGCGAAUUCGUGGAGCAUGAGUUCCCGGGGUUAGACGUUCGCAAGGUCGAUAUGAAGGACUACAACAGCACACCCGAGGUGAAGCGGAGUCCGGAGAAGUAUCGCCAGCUUACGGUGUACUCGCUCUUGGGAUCGCCAGGGAAUGGCUCAACCACGGACGCGAAUGAACUACGAAGACGAGAGGAGAGCGGGGAGUUUGAUAAUCUGUAUGCCUGUGCUCAUAUGUAUUCAAGCGACAAGAACUCACUGCUCCUUAUCCCUCGCUCGCUGGGGAUUAAGCAUUGGAGCUCAAUGGCCAGCUUGACGCUGACUGUUGUGUUCCAUUUACAUGGUGAGCCGUUGCGGAUGGUCGACUGGGAUGCGAGCAGCAAUGAACCGGCUUCGGACCUUCCUAAGAAGUGGUUUAUCCAGGAAGGGUGGACGCCUCGGUCUGGGGAGAAUAGAGCAAUGCAUGAGAGCUGGCUGUGGAGUCCGGAUGGAAAGCUACUCGCGACUAGCUACCAGGAUAGUAUGUUGCGGUUGGAUUGGGGGAAGUUAUAGCCAGCAGCAUCCGACACCUACUACCCUGUGGUCCAUGGAAUAGAUAUAGAUUUAGACCUCAUUCCUCAACAUGUACAGAGAUCAUGCUACCACAAUCCUCUAGCGACUCAAUAUACAUACUACAGAUCGCGGUCACCUAAAGCUUCGCUCGCCCCUCGAAUCCCGCAAUGAAAUCAGCUCUCUUGAUCUCCGGCGCCGCAGCCAGAUUUCCCGCAAGGGCUUUCCCGAACUGCUUGAACGCUGGAGAAGAUGCAUGCUCUUUUAGGUUAGCAGCGUCGGUGUAUCUGCAUAAGAUGUUAAUGUUAGCAAGGCACGACCCUAGAGACAGG